GGCCUCCUCCCUCCCACAAUCUCACUUUCUUCAAUUCUCUGCACCGCAACAGCACACAAGUUUUCUGCAUCUCUCAUCUGUUUAGUUCACUACUACAUACGAAAUUUAAAAAAAAAAAAAAAAUCCUUAGCUUUUUAAAGAAGAUCAUAUCAAUAUAAUGGGGUCAGGAUUAGCUCUAGACUACAUCGGAUGUGAAGAACACAAUUACCAGCCCCAUUUUCUUGACGCCUGCUCUCUUUGCCAGAGAACCUUGGCUCAUAACAGUGAUAUCUUCAUGUACAGAGGGAAUACUCCAUUUUGUAGCGAAGAAUGCAGGCAAGAACAGAUAGAUAUGGAUGAAGCGGAGGAGAAGAGAUGGAGAGUUUCUGCUUCUUCUUGCUCCAAGAAAUCAUCACCAAAAACACAAUCAACAAAAGGGUCGGCCUCCAAAGAAGCUGAGAACAACAAGGCCGUAAGAACAGGGUCUGUUGCCGUGGCGUGAUCAAAAUCCAUCUAUCUAUCUAUAAAAAUGAGGGAAAAAGAGAGGAAAAUGAAAGGGUGAUCUGAAGUGAGGUCAUCACCAGUUUUCCCAUGACCCAAUCCUAGCUCAAUAAUAUGAUGGAAAACUUCCUUCUACUGUAGAGCUUGAUUGAUUGCUGCAGCAGAUGAGAUCCAGAUUGUUCCAUCACACAAUUUUGUAUCUGUUUUUUUUUUUUUUUGUUUUGGGAUUCAUUGUUUUUCUUCAAUUCAGAUCUUGGAAUUGUGAGCUCUACAAAUGUGUCGAGAUCUGUGAGUUUUAUUAGUGAUAUCGAAAAUUAAAGAUUUCAUACUUGA